GAAAACAGAAAGGGCGAGAGAGAAGGAGAUUUAAAAGGAGACUUUUGCAAACUAAUGAUCCGCUUAUAACGGAGACUCUGUCUUCUCUCGUCUUCUUCUCCGUUAUUUUUUCCCUCUGUUUCGUUCUUAGGCAGAAACUAAAAACAGAGACAGAGACGGAGAAACAGAGAGGGAGAAAGGCAUUAAAAGUUCCGAAGCGAAGGAAAAGCUAUCCCUCGUUCAUGCCGGGUUUUUAACCUUUCUCUCUCUCGAGGUAGGACAGUGUUAGUUUUGUCAAUCUCAAGCACUUCAAUGAAAUAUCAUUCCCCUGAUAAGAUUAAGAUUUUGAUUGGAUAACGAAGCACCAAAGGAGCACCGCUCCUUUGGAAUGACUUAAGUUGAAGGUCAGUCGUUUCCUUGGAGCUGAUCUGCUUUGUGUCUGCUCCUUCACUACUAGCUGUCUUUAUAAAAGAUUAUCACAUAAUGGGUGGCUGUGUCUCAGUAUAUAGUGAAAAGGCACAAUCUAAGCCACAUAAAAGACACUUUGGCAGAUUUCGCAAGCACCAUGGAAAGAUUGCCACUUCCAUUUCUGAUGUAUGUAUGAAAAGGAUGAGUGAUGCUGGGAGUCAUAUUACAGAUUUUGCUGUUAGUGAAUUUGUUCAUCUUGACUUUGAGAAGGGUGCUUCAACCACCUGCAAGCGCUCUGAGAUGUCUAAUAUGACAUUUCAUCUAACCCAGCUACAAUGGAACCACAGUCAAAUUGAUGCCAAUGGAAGAUGCCAAGAGGAAGUAUGGUUUGAUUCUGUUAGCAUUAUGGAGUCUGAGUCAGAUGAUGAUUCCAGUAGUUUGUACGGAGAUGCAUUUUCUUCAGUAGGUAAUGCAAUUGGGAAUAUUUCAAAUGCGCAAGUACUUCAGUAUGAAAGUGCAUCAUGCUUUGUAGAUAAUGGGUCUAAGUAUGAAAGAUUUUAUGAAAGUUACAACUUUAAGGGCCUGAAAGAUGGCAUAGUUGAUUUGGCAGAGAAAACCCAAGAGAGCAGAAAGAAAUCAACAGUUAUCAUGUUUUCUAUGAAGAGGAAAUCUUUCGAAGGUGAUGAAAUCACAGAAUUUUGUUCAGCUGAGAGGUACUUAUACCGUCCGAGAGCAGGACUUGUAAUUCCUUGCUCAGGAGAGAAACCAACUUCAGGAAGCUGGUCAGAGAUUUCUCCUUCACUUUUUAAGCUCCGUGGCAAGAAUUACUUUAGAGAUAAACAGAAGUUCCCUGCUCCAGACUGUAGCCCAUAUGUGCCAAUCGGGGUUGAUUUAUUUGUCUGCCCUCGGAAAGUGAAUCACAUUGCUCAGCACCUUGAACUUCCACAUGUAAAACCACACGAAAAAGUACCUGCCCUUCUGAUUGUUAAUAUACAGGUGCCUACUUAUCCUGCCACCAUGUUUGUUGGUGAUGCCAAUGGGGAAGGCUUGAGCCUUGUCUUAUAUUUCAAAGUGUCAGAUACUUUUGACAAAGAUAUAUCCCCUCACUUCCAGGACAGCAUAAAGAAAUUUAUUGAGGAUGAAAUGGAAAAGGUUAAAGGGUUUGCGAAAGAGUCCACUGUUCCUUUCAGAGAAAGGCUAAAAAUUAUGGCUGGUUUAGUUAACCCGGACGACCUUCAGUUAGGUUCCACUGAAAAGAAGCUUAUUCAAGCUUAUAACGAUAAGCCAGUGCUUUCGCGCCCUCAACACAAUUUCUAUAAGGGGCCUAAUUACUUUGAGAUUGAUUUGGAUAUACACCGCUUUAGCUACAUAUCUAGGAAAGGACUUGAAUCAUUUCUAGACCGCAUGAAGAAUGGAAUAGUUAAUCUGGGUUUGACUAUACAGGCACAAAAACCAGAGGAACUCCCAGAGCAAGCCUUGUGCUGUUUGCGCUUGAAUAAGAUUGAUUUUGUAAAUCGUGGCCAAAUUCCUACCAUUGUAACUGUCAAAGAUGAUUACUUUGAACACACACCAGGAGGAUGAUGCGUUUAGAUCCAACAAUUCCGGCACAGUUUUGUGAAAAUGAAAGAAUUUUGUUUGUUUGUUGAAAGAUAAGUGAAAUUUCAUUUUUUGAAUCCGAAAUUGAAAAUUGUUGGUAAAAAUUCUAACCAUUAUACAUCUGUAUCAGUAUUCUUUACAUUCAUUUAUUUUGUUAUUGCUGCCACUGUAAUUUCUAUUUUCUAUAUGCAAGUUGGUGUAAGGUGCCUAAUGUGGUUCAUUCAAUGAGGACAAUUUUCUGUUCAAGAGGGAUAAUGUGAGAUUUAACUCAUUUUUCUA